GCUCUCCCCGUGCAGCCUCCCUCCUCCAGCUGCACUACAGCAGUACUACAGCGAGCUCCACCAAUCCAUGGGGUGCUGGAGGAGGGCGCUCCGGUCUAAGUGGACUUCAGGAAGGCUUUCUGUUUACCUUCGCGGUCCUGUGAAACGAGAGAAAAGGUAACAAUCUCGUUGCGACAGGACGCAUAUUUCUUCCUGCAUGUUCUUUGCGCACCUGGCUGUCCGAGCGCGGACAUCCGAAUUGGACCCCGCUUACUUGCACACCUGACGCUACGUGUCCUGUUUAACCUGAGGCCACACGCCUCUGAGGGACAUGUGGAGAGGCUUUCUGACCUCAGCUGCAUCCCGCCUGUUCCUCCUGAGCGUCUGGCUGGAGGGGUAAUCGCCGCGUCCCGAGGAGGAUGCCGAACAGCCAGAACAGCAGCAUGGCUCAGGGCUGGCUGAGAUACUGGAUCUGAGUGUGUGCAUAAAGAAGUAUCCUGGAGCAAAACAUCACCUCUGGCAGUCAUGAGGAAUAGAGGUUGGACAUGUAGUGAAGGUAGAGGAUGGUGGUUGGUGAUCUGAGACGUGAAAGGGGCAGGAGCUGAGAUGAGAGAGCGGUGCGGCACUGCUCUCUCCAUUGGAAAACAACGGACCAGCCAGCGCAGAGCUGUUUCACCGCUGAUCAUGUGGAAGCAGCUUCAGGAGAUUGCUGUAGUGAGCACAGGAUAACAGACAUCAUGGUCCUCAGAGGGCUGAAGACGCAGUCCUGAAGAUUGAUGGAGGGCCAUGCUAUUCAAACAGCAGGCAUUGCUGAGACAGAAGCUCUUCGUUCUGGGCAGCCUCGCUAUCGGAAGUGUCCUCUAUCUUGUGGCCAGAGUUGGGACCUUGGAUAGGCUGCAGCCCAUUUGCCCCAUUGAAAGAAGGCUGCCCCUUCCUGAGCCAGAGCAGAUCCCUCUCCGCAACCUGCAGUUUAAGCGUGGCCUGCUACAUGAACUACGCAAGGGCAAUGCCACGAAAGAGCAAAUCCGCCUUCACAACCUGGUCCAGCAGCUGCCUCGGGCCAUCAUCAUCGGGGUGCGCAAGGGGGGCACCCGCGCCCUGCUGGAGAUGCUCAACCUGCACCCGGCAGUGGUCAAGGCCUCACAGGAGAUCCACUUCUUUGACAAUGACCAAAACUACGCCAGGGGUAUCGACUGGUACAGAGAGAAAAUGCCCUUCUCCUUCCCUCAUCAGAUUACCAUUGAGAAGAGCCCGGCCUACUUCAUCACAGAGGAGGUCCCUGAACGCAUCUUCAAGAUGAAUUCCUCCAUCAAGCUGCUGAUUAUCGUCCGCGAGCCCACCACCAGAGCUGUGUCUGACUACACGCAAGUGCUGGAGGGCAAGGAGCGCAAAAACAAGACCUACCACAAGUUUGAAAAGCUGGCCAUUGACUCCAACACCUGCGAGGUGAACACAAAGUACAAAGCGGUGCGGACUAGCAUCUACACCAAACACUUGGAGCGCUGGCUGAAAUACUUUCCUGUGGAGCAGUUCCACAUUGUGGAUGGGGACCGCCUCAUCACGGACCCACUGCCGGAGCUGCAGCUCGUCGAGCGCUUCCUCAACCUUCCCUCAAGAAUCAGCCAGUAUAACUUGUACUUCAAUGCCACCAGGGGAUUUUACUGUCUGCGAUUUAACAUUGUCUUCAACAAGUGCCUGGCAGGCAGCAAGGGCCGCAUCCACCCAGAAGUGGACCCGUCAGUUGUGACUAAACUGCAGAAGUUCUUUCACCCCUUUAAUCAGAAGUUUUACCAGAUCACUGGUAGGACAUUCAGCUGGCCAUGAUGAGCUUUGGACUCCUCCAAUGAGAUUCCUUGGAUUGGUGUCUUUUUUACAUGCCAAGCUAUGAUCUCAAAAAAAUAUGCACUUUGAUUGAGUUUAAUACAAGAAUGACAGUGUGACCAAAUAUAAAAGGGACUUGAUGUUAGUUUGUUUUUACGUGUGUGAAAAUAAAAGAAAAUAGUUUGAUGGUUUGACUAAAAGAUUCAGUUCAAAGCAAAUGAAUUCACUUGUCAUUGUUCCCCAUAAAGAGAAGAAACAGUACUGUGUGAUUAACUGAAGAGAUUAUUUUUGUUGCUCUUUAAAAGACUAUCAAACACUGAUCAUGCUGUUAAGAUAAGCUUUAAGUGUGUUGUUUUCCUCAUGAUAAAACACCUUAAAAUAUGACAAAAUGACAUUUGAUAAACAACAUAAUUGUUCAUUUGUUCCCCAUCAGGUUGUUUUUAUUUGACCAAAACUGCAUGUUCAAUCAAGAUGCCGUUAUAACAUUGUAGACUUUUGAAAUAGUUGUCUUCUGUUGAUCAUAUCGGUUGUCACUACAUUUUAUGUUGAGUUCAGGCUGUGAUUAAUCCAGUAGAAGGUGACCUCUUUUAAUUCUCAAUACAAUACCCUGUGUGAAGAUCAGAACAGGCUUAUCAGAAUAGGAUCUAGUGUUUCAAGCUUGACUCAAAUCAUGACCCUCAAAGCAUUUAGGACUCAAGCUUGUGUUUUUAACCUAAUUGUGUUGGUUCCUUCCCCAUAGAGCAUUUCCAUUGGUUUGCAAAUCACCUGGCAAAAAAAGCCAUAGUGAGAAAAUAAAUGGUUGUCCUCUGAUGAUUGUUGGCAAACCAACAGUUUAUUCUAUAAUGAUUAGCAAAUGGUGUCUGUUUCUGUGCAAAUAUUCAUUCUGUAUCAUUAGUGUGUUGUUAAAAAAGGUUAAAUUAAAAGAACAUGUCAAUAUUUAUUGUUCACUUUUGUUUCACUUUUGCCAUUGAAAGGAACAGUUGAACAUUUUGGGAGAUUGAUGCAGAAGGUUGACGCCACUCUGAUGUCUGCAUUAGGUAUGCAGCUGGAGUCAUGAGGUGAUUAGCGUAGCUUAGCAAGAAGCAGGGGGAACACACAGACAUGAGAGUAGGUCAAUUCAAAUCAACGCAAUUGUAUUUAUACAGCCCAAUACCACAAAUCACAAAUUUACCUCAAGACGCCUUACAAUCUGUACAGACGUACACUGUGUAUCAUUUUUGUUGCUCAAAAUGUUGAACUGUUCCUUUACCUUGAUGAAGCUGGAUACUACAUUGAUAGGUCAAGGCAUAAAACCAAGCCCAUUGUAUUUCAGAGGACUUUUCAGGACUGUAAAUUCAAUCAAUCUGACAGAAGAUAAAUCACAAUCUUGUCUGUACAACGACAUACAGAAAAUAAAUGUAUAUACCUACAUACAUG